CGACUCGCGUCGGUCACGGGGGUGGGGCCGCGCAGGAAGGGCGGGCGGAAAAGGGAGAGACCGAGACACCCCCCUCCCCCCGGGACAGCGCAGCCGAGCAGCAUGGAGGGGACGCUGGAGCAGCACCUGGAGGACACAAUGAAGAAUCCCUCAAUCGUUGGAGUCCUGUGCACAGAUUCACAGGGCCUGAACCUUGGCUGUCGUGGAACCCUUUCAGAUGAACAUGCAGGUGUGAUCUCAGUUCUAGCCCAGCAGGCAGCCAAACUCACUUCAGAUCCUACUGAUGUUCCUGUUGUGUGUCUGGAGUCAGAUAAUGGGAACAUCAUGAUCCAGAAGCAUGACAGCAUCACUGUGGCAGUGCACAAAAUGGCAUCUUGACCUUUCAUCCAUCAGCUUGAUUCUUUUCCACCCUUGGAUCAACUCGUUGUUGGACUGAUCUAUUUCCUCUGCUGAUCUAAUACAGAAAGUGCUUGCAGAACUAAAUUUGGGCCAAUCUUAAAUAUGUGGUAGCUUCCCUCCUUAUUUAAACUGGUACUGUACUUCAGUCAGGGUCUUUAACUUCCAGCACAGCCCAGAAUUUACUGUCAAGCAUGGAAUGUGGUUUAACUCACCUUGCUUGUGUAAUGAUCAGAUACCCUAAUCUGUGGCCUUACUUGUUGAAUUCAAUAAAUUAUACAUUAUAAAACACA